AUGUUUUCUCCGGCUUUAUUUGUAUCUUUGUUACUUCUUCACAGCGCAUUUUGCGCGUUUGAAGAAGAGGAAAGCGAUGAGGAAUUUGCUUUGAAAUAUCUCUCAAGCUACAACUAUCUCUCGAAAACCAGAUCAGGCAACCACGAUCAAACUACUGCUGUGAAAAACUUCCAAAAAUUUUUUGGUUUACCCGUUACUGGCAAGUUAGACGAGGAGACCAUGUACGAGAUGAAGAAACCGCGAUGUGGAAACACAGAUUUGAACGCAAACGGCCAACCUCACCGACAAAAAAGGUACUCUACCUCAUGGGACAGAUGGCGAAAAACUAAUCUCAAAUACUAUCUGUCGACUGGAGAGGACAUGUCAGCUUCUGACCAAGCACGAGUUAUAGCUAAGGCAUUCAAAAUGUGGAGUGACGUCACUCCUCUGAGGUUUACCAGGACAUUUAGAACUAGCGAAGCGGACUUCAGACUCAGUUUUGGAAAAAGAAGUCAUCAAGGCGUCCCUGGUGAAGGAAAGUGCUAUACACCCUUUGAUGGCAAAGGAAAAGUUCUCGCUCACGCUUUCUAUCCCCAAAAUGGCCGUAUACAUUUCGACGAUGAUGAUAAGUUUAGCGAGACUGGAUCAUUUUGGACAGGAUCUAACAGUCUUAUUCACGUUGCCGUGCACGAGAUUGGCCAUGCUCUGGGACUGUACCACUCCGAUGUUAAGGGUGCAGUGAUGUGGCCAACUGCCAGCCGGGGAACUCCUAAACUGCAUAAAGAUGACAUUGAUGGCGUCGUUAGUUUGAACUCAGCGAUGCAGACAUUGGUUAAAGGGAAUCUUCCAAUGUUAUUCAAAGUGACAAUAAAAAUGUUUGCAGUCGAAAUGGAUAUCUGA